AGUAAAACAAAGUACAACCACUCCAAUACCAUCAAAUCAAAUCAAAUCACAUUUAUAAAAGCUAACUCCUUUACUUAACAAUCUAUACAUACCACACUCACCCUUAUCCUUAAGAAGAACAAGUGUGAUCGUGUAUUUGUGUUUCUCUUCUUCUGCUUCAUCAACUAACUGUUGUAUUUUUCUUUAAGAUUAUUAUGGCUCAAUCUCAAGGUGCAUACCCUCCUCAAUCGUACCCACCAGCACCAGCCGUAGAGGGAUACCCACCACCUGGUGCCUAUGCCGCACCACCUCCGGCUGGAUAUCCAGGCGCUGAGUAUGCCGGUCAGCAACAAUCUCAAGCACCCGGAGCGACCACUGACAGAGGUGACAAAGGUGACGGAUUCUGGAAAGGAUGUUGUGCUGCUAUUUGCUGUUGUUGUGUGUUGGACGCUUGCUUUUAAUCAAGGGAUUUCCUCCUCCUCCUCCUACCACCUGCAACAUCUUGGUUGAUUUUUAUGAGACUGUGGAGUGAUUAAUAUUAUUGGUUUAGUUUUCUUUUCUUAAUUUGUUUCUAGAUCCAUCCUUGGAUGUUGAUAUUUGCUUCGCAAUAUAUUUCCGUUUCGUGUGUAAUUAAAAGAUGGAUCCAAUGACGUUUACUUAUGCAGAUUAAUUUAUUGAAUUUAAGUUCAA